AUGAAGACCUUCUCUGCACUUGUCGCCAUCGUCGCCCUCGUCGCGGAGAGCUCUGCUCAUUACAUUUUCCCGGACAUCAUUCUGGGCGGUGUCCAGAGCAGCGACUGGCAAUAUACCCGCCAAACAAAUAACUGGCAAGACCUCAACCCCGCCCAGGACGUCACGAGCACCGACAUCCGGUGUUACACCUCCAAGCAAUCGGGAACUGCUCCCAAUGUCGCGAACGUGGCCGCCGGCUCUACCGUCACCUUCACCGUGGUCGGAAACCCUUCGAGCACCUAUCACGAUGGCGUCUUGAACGUCUACAUGGCCAAAGCCCCCUCCGGGACCGAUGUGUCGAAAUGGGACGGAAGCGGGACAGUGUGGUUCAAGAUUAAAGAGAUUCCCGCGGUCGCAAACGGCGUCACGAUUACAUUCCCUGCAACGAACUUGACCACGGUUCCCGUCACAAUCCCUACUCAGGUUCCCUCUGGCCAGUACCUCCUCCGAGUAGAACACAUCGCCCUCCAUGCCGCGUCGUCCUACGGCGGUGCCCAAUUCUACAUCUCCUGUGCCCAAAUCAAUGUGACGGGUGGAGGAAGUGGUACUCCCGGACCCUUAGUCGCCUUCCCCGGCGCCUACACAGGAAACGAGCCUGGCAUCUUGAUCAACAUCUACUACCCUAUCCCCACCAACUACGUCCAACCCGGACCAGCCGUUUGGCCCGCCGGAGGCUCCGUAAGCUUCUGUACUUGUCUUCUGUUUGCCCUUUUCGUCUUCGACAGUGAAACCCUCCUCGACGUCCAGCGCCAAGCCGAGCAGCGUCUCGAGCAGUGCUAG